UUGGGGUCGCUGCAGAUGAGACGAGAGCAGCAAUUGGUUGCUAUCCUCUCCGCCUUCUAAAGUUCCUUUUGAAGUGUGAAAACGUAACGGUAAUAAGAAUUAUUUUGCGGCCCACAACCACGGAUUAACGCCCGUAAUUUCUGAAGAAAAUGCACAAGGUCCUCCGUCGCAUUCACGGUCCGCCUUUGGGACGGAAAAAGGACGCUUUAAGUGUUUUCGAAUUCUUCGCUAAGUUCCACCAGCCCAGUGGUGCAUUAUGUCAAAAGUCGUCGGUAAAACACCCACCCCCAAAUCUCCCGGAGAUGCCCCCAUGUGACUUUAACCCAGAGGACUAUAAGGACAUGUCCAAGGCCAAAAUGUUGGAAAUUCGGAAGAAGUACUGCAACCCCAUGACCAUGAAGGUCACUUACUACAAAAAACCAGUCUACAUCCAUCAGGGCUAUAUGCAGUGGCUGUGGGAUGUAGAUGGGCACCGUUACCUGGAUCUCUUUGCAGGGGUUGCAACAGUCAGCGUUGGACACUGUCACCCGCAGGUGACAGAGGCCGCUGUGCGACAGCUGAAACGCUUGUGGCACACAACCAAUAUCUACAUAUAUUCUCCACUCCACGAGUAUGCUGAAAAACUGGCCUCCCAUUUCCCUGACCCACUCAAGGUUGUUUACUUCACAAACAGCGGCUCUGAGGCCAAUGACCUGGCCAUGCUCAUGUCGAGGCUGCACACGGGAAACUUUGACAUCAUCACUCUCAGAGGUUCAUACCAUGGUGGCAGUCCACAGACGAUGGGUCUGACCUCAAACGCAGCUUAUAAAUACCCCAUCGCCUCAGGAUUGGGUUGCCAUACUACUAUGUGUCCCGAUGUUUUCCAAGGCCCAUGGGGAGGAAGUCACUGCAGAGAUUCUCCUAUCCAGACCAUCCGAGACUGCAGCUGCUCCCCAGGCUGCUGCCAAGCCAACGACAUGUAUAUUGGGCAGCUGAAGGAGGUUUUUGCAACAUGUGUUCCAAGUCGAAUUGCUGCGUUCUUCGGAGAGCCUAUUCAGGGGGUAGGAGGAGCUGUGCAGUACCCUAAAAACUACCUCAAGGAGACCUACAAACUUGUAAGGGAGAGAGGCGGGGUCUGCAUCGCAGAUGAGGUUCAAACUGGAUUUGGGCGCACAGGAAGCCAUUUCUGGGGAUUCCAAGGUCAUGAUGUUAUGCCAGAUAUAGUUACUAUGGCAAAAGGCAUUGCUAAUGGGUACCCUAUGGGGGCUCUUGUUACCACUCCAGAGAUUGCUGCAUCAUUUGCUAAGGGAGUCCAUUUCAACACCUUUGGUGGCAAUCCUGUAGCUUGUGCCAUAGCAUCCUCUGUGCUUGAUACAAUAAGAGAAGAUGGUACACAGCAAAACAGUGCUGAUGUUGGGACAUAUUUGUUGAAAGAGCUGGCCAAACUGCGGGAUAAGUAUGAGAUCAUCGGUGACGUUCGUGGGAAGGGACUGCAAAUCGGCGUGGAGAUGGUCAGGGACAAGGCGAGCCGUCAACCCUUACCUGCUGAUGCCAUGAGACAAAUAUUCGAAUGCACCAAAGACAUGGGUGUCCUCAUUGGAAUGGGAGGAGUGUAUGGCCAGACAUUCCGGAUCAAACCCCCCAUGUGCAUCACUAAAGAGGAUGCAGACUUCUUCCUGGCCGUGUUCCGCCAUGCGUUGGAAAGUUAUAUGGAGCAGAGAUAAUGGGGAUCAUUCCAAGAUUGACGUCACUGUCGCUGCCUUGUAACAGACCUGCCAAUCAGCUUUUGCUGAAGAAUCACUAUACUCCAGCAGCCUGGUGUAUAUACCCAGGAGCGUCAGAUUUAACACUUCUGGUGUUACUGCCAUUACCUAUGAUUCUGAAUGAUUUAAUCUGAGACAUGAAGCACUGAAAAGCCACAUCACUGUAGCUGUGGGUCCCACAGCUGCACGCUGGCAGAGUGCUUUUCAUUAAAAAAUGACUUAAAUGGGAAAUAAUGUUGAACAUUAUGAGAGAAAAAGUUCUCAUCGCACUGGUGUACUAUAAUGGACAGAGCUCUGUGUGCACUGACAUUUAUGAUAACCGAUUGUGUUAACAAACAAAUGUAAUCAAUAAUGUAAUUAUGCUUAACUGCACUGUUCACAUAAUGCAAGUGACAUAAUGAAGAAACAUUAAGGUUACUAUAGAAUAGUAUCCCUAAUAUGUAACUAAUGUAAAGAAAAUAUAAUGUUCUAUUUUGCACCAAUAUUGUAAAAGAAUGUGCUAUAUAGUCAAAUGAGUAAGCUAUUUAAAAGGAAAUGUUUACUUGAUAUAGGUUUAGAUCAGACCAGAACACAAAAGUAUUAGAACUGACAACCUAAAAUAAACAAUACUUAAAUAUUG